GAUAAUAAUAAAAAAUAGAAAAAAGGAAAAAGAAGAAGAAGAAGAAGAAGAACAAAGGGAAAAUACAAUUGAAAGAUAGAAAAUAGUAGCAACAAGUAGGAGGAGGGUUCGACAAAAUCAAAGAAGGGGUGAGACGACAGGUAUUUGGAUAUAAUAGUGGCGGGGUUGGUGGUGUCACGAAUCAAAGUGUUUGUCCAAGUCCAAGCGGGAAAUUUGGAAAAUCAAAGGUCAUAGUGUUGUAAUCGCAUCGUCAUCGUUCUCCUCCUCCCCCGAUUGUCCAUAGUUGUCAUAGUGGUCGUCGUAUGUUUAAUUUCGCGUUCUGGGAGAAGAGAAAACCGACUAGUGGUUAUCGAUUGGUCUGCGACUUCAAGAGGAUGCACCCUUCCGAGUUUAACCUCGCAGUCACGUGCCAAGAGGUGGUGCUGAGGAUUUGAACGAGCGCAUAGGGGGUGGCAAGCAAGCAAGCUAGCAAACCUUGCUAACGUUUAAACGAAAAGGGUGGAAAGCAGAAAGCCGGCUUUUCCCGGUACGCCGUCAAACCGUUGACGUCGUCCCCAUCGUCGUUGUGGAAAAUCGAUUGGGUACUCGGCGUACCCCAUUCCCCCUCUGCUGCAACCACUCUCCAUCUAGUGCAAUGACCUCCAAACCAGGAAGAUCCUACAGCGUCAGGUCUCCACGCGUAGGAGGACCCCUCUCGCAAUCGUUAGCAAUGAUUCCACCGACUAUGCAUGGUCACGAGUUCAACCAACCCUUGUCGAGGGUUGUUAUGGUCCGUAAAACGGAUCAGAGAACUUUCAGCAAGGGUAGACGUGGUGGAGAACCUCUUCUGGAAACCGUAACCAGGGAAACCGUCGAGUUGUUCAACGGUGGCAGAGCUGAAAGAAAAUAUACUUCCGAAACGAGAGACAUCGUCACGCCAAAGUCUAACAGUAUGCCCUCGCUCAGCGUCAGUGGAACGAAAAAGAAGGUGGUCGGUUUUGUCGACCAGCUGUCGCCCGAAAGGUCAAGGACGGAAUCGGUUAGAUCAAAAUCACCUUUGACUGCGUCACCAGCAUCCCCAGGACCACUUUCUAAUUCUUUACACGGUAGUUUUCACGGUAGUUUAGGAAGCGAUGGGAUGUCCUGCAGCAGUGCAAGGUCUUCCUCUGCUUCACCGGAUUCUGCUAGAUAUUCUUCAUCCCAGAUAACAAAGACUGACACGCGUAAACCAUCUGUGCGUAGAUCAGGACCACCUAAGGAAUUCAUCAAUAUGUGCCUGGAAACACACAAUUACUAUCGGGUUCGACACGGUGUACCACCUUUGCGAUUAAGCAAACAGUUGUGCAAGACCAGUCAAGAUUGGGCAAAUAUUUUAGCAGCUAGGGGUAGAUUAGAACAUAGGGCGAACAUAGAUUAUGGGGAAAAUCUUUAUUGCAUGUGGAGUUCCAAUCCAAAGACCGUUGUUGGUGGUGAUGAGCCUGUAAACGAAUGGUAUGCCGAGGAAGCUUUACAUCAGUAUGGCAAGGAACCCACUACUUUAAAAACCGGUCAUUUUACUCAAGUAGUAUGGAGAGAUAGUACUGAGUUAGGUGUUGGCAUGGCAAGGAACAGAAAUGGGGAAGUUUAUGUAGUAUGCAACUACAAUCCUGCUGGUAACUUCUUAGGUAGUUUUACGGACAACGUCCUUACACCUGGUGGCACGAGUCCGAGUAAAAGGAUAUCCUUUUCAAAAAGUCAAUAUACUUUAGACGAACAGGCUUGGCAACAAGAGGCCUUGUUAGUUCACAACGAAUACAGAAGGAGGCAUCGUGUACCUGACUUGAGGUUAAGUCCUGAAUUAACGGCAGCUGCUAAGGCAUGGGCCAACACGCUGUUGAAUACAAAUAAAUUGAUACCGCAAUCUUCCUCACCUUAUGGAGAAAAUAUUUACUCUAUGCAAUGUUCCGAUCCAAAAUUGGUAGUGUCGGCACGCGAAGUUGUAUCUAAAUGGUAUUCCGAGAAAAAGGAACAUAAAUUUGGUACGGAACCGAAGGUUCUUAAUACGUGUCAUUUCACGCAAAUCGUAUGGAAAAACACGACCGAAAUGGGCAUAGCCAUGGCAAAAAGGGAUGGAACGUGCGUUGUGGUAGCGUGUUAUCACCCAAGGGGUAAUAUCGUUGGACAAUUUACGGAGAACGUUCCUAAAACUUUAAAGAACGUCUAGUCCGCAUUUGCCGGAGACUAAAAUUCUGUCGAUAAUGUAUUUUAAGGGCUGUAUUUAUAUAUACAUCGUGCAUAGGGAAGACAAUACGCAUAAUUUAUGUAUAUAACACACGCGUGUGCAUAUACGUAGAAUAAACAUUCCACGUAAAAUAUUAUUUCUACGUACUCCCUUUUUUUUCUUUUUUUUUCUUUUGUUUAGUUAAUUUUUUUUCUUUUCGUUUAUUAUUGUUUUUUGUUUUUUUUUUUACACAAUUUACGAUAGAAUGAAAAUACGAAAAAUUCAUUGAAUUGGUCUCGUUGCCGAACCGACACGAACGCUUCGUUGUUUGUUUAUUAUUUCUCCAUUUGCUUUAUAAUAAUUUAUUAAUAAUAAAUUUAUACACACACAUGGAUAUCACUCGUCGCACUGCAUCCGCUUUCCAACAUAUUGCACGUCUAUAUUUAUAUUUAUUUAUAAUUUUACAUUCUUUUUCUUUUUUUUUUCUUUUUUUUUUUUUCUUUUUUUCCAUUUAUUAUUUUACAUUACGUACAUCAGUUUUACAAUGUUUGUUCUGUUUUUUAAUGGUUGAAGAAUGCUUAAUCAGUUAAAUUCAAAUUAUUAGAAUAUGUUCGACUUUUCAAAUAUGCCUAACUUUAUUUUUUUUUUCCUCUUCUUCUAUACUUUCUCUUUCUUUCUAUCUCUCCCCCUUUCUUUCUCAUUUUGUUUUUCUUUUUUUUUUUUUUUUUUUUUUUAAGUGAAAACAAGAUUUGUGCGAUGUUCGGUGCGCUCGGUGAAAAAAAAAAAGAAUUUAUGCGUUAUGCUUCUUAUGUAAGAAAAAGAAAGAAACGAAACAAUGCAACAAUUUACAAAAUAUUAUACAAAUUGUUGUGAAAGAUUUGUGCUUUUUUGAUUUUGAUAAUUGUUACGCAAAACGAGAAAAUUCGUAUUUAUUGUUUAAUCGCAAGGGACCCACACACACACACACACACGAGUCUCAUUUAAUCUUUUCAAAAUGUUAGCAAAAAUCGUAGAAUUAAAUUGAGAAUAAAGUGACUGAUAUGCGAAAGAAAUUAAUUAUUAUUAUAAUUGAUCAAUAUAUCAGCUGUGUUGGCGAGAAGCUGUUUA